UAAAUGAAGGUCGUGUCCAUGAUAUAUUAAACCAAAUCUUUGCAAGUUUGAGUCCGUCGGUGUAGGAAGUUUGGAGUCGAAGUCAUGGUCAGAGAGACGGACUGUGCCGGUAUGUUAUAUAAAGCCGGGGCUGUGUGUUUACCUUCCUUUCGGUGAAGUAGACUAGAGGGUGCCGGGUGAGAGGUCCUGAGAGCCAGGUGAGAGGAUCUGAGAGCCAGGUGAGAGAGACUGGGACGUCAGAUGGGCCAAGCUGUGAGCUGCACACGUGUGUAUAAACAACCCUUCAAGCUCGUCUUUUAAGAUGAUGUCACACAAACGGCCGGCAGCUAUGUCAGCUCGUGCAAGGGAGAUUCACCAGGCUCUGCAGGACCGCAUCCUGGUUAUAGAUGGAGCCAUGGGAACCAUGAUCCAGCGCCACAAGCUGUCGGAGAUUGACUAUCGAGGAGAAGAAUUUAAAGAACAUGAAAGUAACCUUAUGGGCAACAAUGAUUUACUUUCUCUUACAAAACCACAAAUUAUCCUUGGCAUACAUAAAGCAUACCUGGAGGCUGGUGCAGAUAUUAUUGAGACCAACACCUUCAGUGGAACCCGUAUAGCUCAGGCUGACUAUCACCUGGAACACAUCUGCUAUAGACUCAAUCUUGAAUCGGCACGACUUGCAAGGCGUGCUGCCGAUGAAGUCACAGUAGAGACAGGGAAGCAGCGGUACGUUGCUGGUGCCAUGGGUCCCACCAAUCGAACACUUUCAAUAUCUCCUUCAGUUGAACGACCUGAUUAUAGAAAUAUUACAUUUGAUGGAUUAGUUGCUGCAUACACUGAACAGGCAAAGGGACUUUUGGAUGGAGGUGUCGAUAUACUGCUGGUAGAGACCAUCUUCGACACAGCUAAUGCAAAAGCAGCACUCUUUGCAAUCCAAAGUCUGUUUGAAACAGAGUAUGAUCCUGUACCAAUAUUUAUUUCUGGAACAAUUGUGGACAAAUCUGGCCGCACCCUCUCUGGGCAGACUGGGGAGGCUUUCAUCAUUAGUGUUUCUCAUGCACAACCUAUGUGUAUUGGCUUAAACUGUGCACUUGGAGCCAGAGAGAUGCGCCCCUUUAUUGAAAAUGUCAGCCAGAACACCACAUCUUUCGUUAUAUGUUAUCCAAAUGCAGGUCUUCCCAACACAUUUGGAGACUAUGACGAAACUCCAGACACAACAGCUAGUCUUAUUAAAGACUUUGCCCGAGAUGGACUAGUGAAUGUUGUGGGGGGCUGCUGUGGCACUACACCAGAUCAUAUUAGAGCUAUAGCUGAAGCUGUUGCAAUGAUCAAACCUCGUACUCCUCCAUCAGUUUUGUAUGAAGGUGCACAGGUUCUUUGUGGCCUUGAACCAAUGAGACUCACAGACCAAACCAACUUCAUUAAUAUUGGCGAGAGAUGCAAUGUUGCCGGCUCCCGUAAAUUCUGCCGAUUGAUCAAGUCUGGGAAGUAUGACGAGGCUCUUGCCAUUGCUAAAACUCAAGUUGAAAAUGGAGCACAAAUCCUCGAUGUGAAUAUGGAUGAAGGUUUACUUGACAGCAAAGCAGCAAUGACUCGCUUCCUUAACUUAAUAACUACAGAACCAGACAUUUGUAAAAUACCAUUGUGCAUAGAUUCAUCUAACUUUGAUGUUAUUGAAGCUGGCCUUAAGGUGACACAGGGUAAAAGCAUUGUUAACUCCAUUUCACUCAAGGAGGGUGAAGAUGAAUUCAUUUUCAAGGCAAAGUUAAUAAAGAAACAUGGGUGUGCAGUUGUUGUUAUGGCUUUUGAUGAAGUAGGACAGGCUGUGAAUGCAGAGAACAAAGUUAAGAUUUGUCAGCGUUCAUACAAGAUCCUUACUGAAAUAGUGGGAUUCAAUCCCAAUGAUAUUAUCUUUGACCCAAAUAUCUUAACAAUUGCUACUGGAAUGGAAGAACACAACAACUAUGGAAAUUACUUUAUUGAAGCAACAAAAAUUAUUAAGGCCACCUGUCCAGGAGCACGAGUAAGUGGUGGUGUAAGCAACUUUUCCUUUUCCUUCCGUGGAAAGGAGACAAUUCGUGAGGCAAUGCAUUCUGUCUUUCUCUACCAUGCUAUCAAAGCUGGCAUGGACAUGGGAAUUGUCAAUGCAGGAUGCCUGCCUGUGUAUGAUGACAUAGAUCCUGAACUUUUGCAGCUUUGUGAGUCUCUAUUGUGGAACACUGAUCCAGAGGCUACGGAUAAGUUGUUAGCAUAUGCUGAAAAAAGCUCUUCUCAAGCAAAAGUUGGUGUUGUUCUUGAUGAAUGGCGAAAUAGAGAUGUUGAGGAGAGACUCAAACAUUCUUUAGUUAAAGGUAUUGAUAAAUUCGUAGAAGAAGACACUGAAGAAGCUCGUUCAAACACAGAUAAGUAUCCAAGAGCAUUAAAUGUGAUUGAAGGGCCUCUUAUGAGUGGAAUGAGUAUUGUUGGAGAGCUCUUUGGUGCUGGAAAAAUGUUUUUACCUCAAGUAAUUAAGAGUGCAAGAGUAAUGAAAAAGGCUGUAGCAUAUCUCAUUCCUUUCAUGGAAGCAGAACGAGCUGCAAAGAUGGGUGAACUUGGGGAAGAAAUGUUGGACAAAGAUAGAUAUAAUGGCACAAUUGUUUUAGCAACAGUUAAAGGCGAUGUUCAUGACAUUGGUAAAAACAUUGUGGGUGUAGUGCUUGGAUGUAACAAUUACAGAGUCAUUGAUUUGGGUGUAAUGUGCCCAUGUGACAAAAUAUUGCAGUGUGCCAUUGCAGAGAAAGCUGACAUUAUUGGUCUCUCUGGACUAAUUACUCCAUCCCUGGAUGAGAUGAUCUUUGUUGCACGGGAAAUGGAAAGGCUGGGUCUACAGGUUCCGUUACUCAUUGGGGGAGCAACAACUUCGAGAACUCAUACAGCAGUCAAGAUUGCCCCAAAGUACAACAAUCCCGUUGUGCAUGUACUAGAUGCCUCCAAAAGUGUGGUUGUGUGUUCUUCAUUGCUUGAUGAAUCUGUGUAUGAUGACUUUGUUGAUGAUCUGAGUGAAGAUUAUGAUAUGAUCAGAGAAGAACAUUAUGAAAGCCUGCGAGAAAAAAGAUUUCUCAGUCUUGGAGAUGCAAGAAAAAGGAAAUUUAAAAUAGAUUGGAAAACUGUUCCAAAACCUGCAAUUCCAAAGUUUUUGGGCACAAAAGUAUACAAAGAUUAUGAUCUUACAACUUUAGUACCAUAUAUUGAUUGGAAACCAUUUUUUGAUGUAUGGCAGCUUCGUGGCAAGUACCCCAACCGUGGCUAUCCGAAAAUUUUCAAGGAUGCUACUGUAGGUGAUGAAGCAAAACGUGUGUUUGAUGAUGCUCAAAAGCUUUUAUCAAAAAUCAUCUCGGAGGGAUCUUUGAAAGCUACUGGUAUUGUUGGCUUCUAUGCUGCCAACAGUGUGGAGGACGAUAUAGAGGUCUACAGUGAUGCAUCAAGAUCACAAGUUGUUGCCAAAUUGUUUGGCUUAAGACAGCAGGCUGAGAAAGAGAGUCAGGACCAGUUCUGCUGUAUAUCGGACUUCAUAUCUCCAAGUGAUUCUGGAGUUGAGGAUUACAUUGGCAUGUUUGCUGUAACUGCAGGUUUUGGAGUGGAUGAGUUGUGCACCAGUUUCCAGAACGACUUGGAUGACUACAGUAUAAUUUUGGUGAAAGCCAUUGCUGACAGACUGGCUGAAGCCUUUGCUGAAGAACUUCAUGAGAGAGUGAGGAAGGACCUGUGGGGUUUUGCUUGUGAUGAGUACCUAGAAACGAAUGACUUGCAUAGACUGAAAUAUCAGGGAAUAAGACCUGCUCCUGGAUACCCAAGCCAACCAGACCACCAGGAAAAAUUAACCAUAUGGAAGAUAAUGAAGGUAGAGGAACAAACUGGAAUUGGGCUGACGGAUACCCUCGCCAUGACCCCUGCAGCCUCUGUUUCAGGACUCUAUUUUGCAAAUCCGAAGAGUCAUUACUUUUCUACAGGAAAACUACAAAAGGACCAGAUUAUGGACUAUGCUCAGCGCCGAGGUGUUGACAUCACACAAGUUGAAAAGUGGCUGGGUACAUACCUAUCAUAUGAUCCAUCAGAAGAGUGAGGCGACAUAAAAAUUACGACAUUCAAAAUUUCUGCCAAGUUACUAUUGCCUGAGUAUUGUUACUGUAUAUAGCAAUUAACAGUGGGAGGUAUAACAUGUAAAUUGAGAAUAUUUUUAUAUAAUAUGUAGAUACAUACUUGAAAUUUAUGGUUUAAUAUAAAGUUACAAUCACUUUUAAGCUUCAUUUGUGAUUACAUAUCCACUACCACCGAGUUAAUUCAGUAUCAAACUUACACCACUCUUGGAUAUUAUGCCUACGGUCAGCUACUGGAACCAAAAUAAUCUCUAAAGUUAUUCAAAGCCAUGUUUUGUGUGUUACAUUAUGGCGCGUGUGUGUAUAAUUACCAAAGUAUAGUUACAGGUUGAGCUGCGGUCACGGUGUUCCAUCAUUCUGAAUCUAUCAAAUGAAGUUUUCAAGCUUCUGAUGGUAUUGACACACACUUUAAAGUUCUGUUGUUUGAACUGUGUUCAUGUAUUGAACAUCUUGUUAUUACCUUUGCUAUGUAGUUAGAAUAGUGGUACAUUAUUAUUCUAAUUUAUUGCUACAAGUUACUAACAAAUUGCAAACUUUUUAAAUAACUACAUUUAUAAUAAAGUUUUUAUUUAUAC